AUGGCUUGCGCUACAUUAUUUGAACCUAUAGCCAUAAUUGGGAUAUCUUGUGAAUUCGCUGGUGAUAUCCAUAUGCCCAUUGAUUUGUGGCAGGCACUUGAGGAAAGUCGUGAUCUAGGCAGUGAAAUACCUGUCGAACGAACCGAUCUCUUGUCGUAUUGUGCUGAUACGCUCAAUCGGGAUAAUGGUGAAUUCAAACGAAAACUCAUACGUCGUGGUUAUUUUUUGCCAACGUCAGUGCUUGACACCUUUGAUGCAAGUUAUUUCAAUCUCUCAGAUGGAGAAGCAGUUACGAUUGAUCCGUGUCAUCGUCUUCUCAUGAUGAAAUUCGUUCAUUUGGUUGAAGACGCUGGUUAUACUUUGGAAAAAAUGCGUGGAUCGCGCACUUCGGUACAUAUCGGUCAAUUCUCAAAUGAUCAUGCAUUGGGAUCACUUCGGCUUAAACCAGAACAUCGAACACGAUUUCUCGGUCCACACAUACUGCUUUACAAUGCAUCAGCUCGCUUGUCAUAUCAUUUUGAUCUACAUGGGCCUAAUGUAUCUCUGGAUACUGCUUGUUCAUCAGGACUUCAGGCCGUUCAUCUCGGUGUACAAGCAUUGCGUACAGGUGAAGCAGACAUGGCCGUUUGUGGUGGUGUUAAUGCCAUUUUCACACCUGAGCAUCUGCUCAAUUUUUCAACUAUCGGUGCUGUUGCUGUUGAUGGACGAAGUCAAUCAUUUAGUAUCGACGCCAAUGGUUACGCGAAAGGCGAGGGCCUAGGCCUGAUUCUUCUCAAACGAUUGAGUGAUGCUGAACGGGAUGGUGAUAGAAUUUACUGUAUAUUACACGAUGUCUUGAGCAACCAUGAUGGUUCUGAAGGUAAAAGUGGUUAUGUAGUACCAGCAGCCGUCGGACAAGCACGUCUCCUAGGCGAAAUUUAUGCUAGAACACAGUAUGAUCGAAAUCGUAUCUUCUACGUUGAAGCGCAUGGAACGGGAACACAAGUAGGUGAUUCAACAGAAGCUAACACUAUAGGUAAAUUCUUUCAACGGUCACCUUUCGAUCCUCCAGUAUUAAUUGGAUCCGUUAAGAGCAAUAUCGGCCAUACAGAAGGAGCAGCUGGCAUUGCAUCUCUUAUCAAAACAGUCAUGUGUAUGAAACAUAGAGCGAUUCCACCAAACAUGCAUUUCAAAGCUUAUAAUUCAAAAAUUGAAGCAGAUCGAUUCAACUUGCAUGUGGUCCAGACAAUGACUGUAUUUCCUCCAAUUAAUAUUGACGGUGAAAAAGAACAUACAGUAGCUAUCGGUAUUAGUUCAUUUGGUAUUGGUGGCAAUAAUGCUCAUGCUAUUAUCGAAGAGUAUCAUCCAAAAGAAAGAUUGAUUAACACAAAUGGUCAUUUCGAAAGAGAAUUGUUACAGCAACAUAGUCUUUUUAUCUUUUCGACAAAGAGUAGUAAUUCACUUCACAAACAAGUAAUAUCAUUCAACGAAUGGUUAAAACAAAUAGAACCUCAAGAUGAUGAAAGUUCUUUUCUUGCACGCAUCUCUCAACAAUUACUGCUCAAACGCACUAUUAGUCAUGAGCACUUGGCCAUUUUUGUUUCAGCCAAUCGUGCUCAAUUGCAACAACAACUUGAUCUUUUUGUACAAAAACAAUCAACACCAGGAUUAUUAGUCACCAAGCGUGUUUCAUCGAGUUGUCAUCGCAUAUGUUUUGUCUUUAGUGGUCAGGGUCCUCAAUGGUGGGCCAUGGGUCGAGAACUCUACUCAUCUGAACCUAUUUUUCGCCAAUGGAUUCAACGAAUUAGUGAAGAACUCCUAAAAAUCAAUGGUGGUGAAUUUAAUUUACUGAGCGAAAUGAUUGAAAAGACUGAACGAGAAUCACGUGUCAACGACACUAACAUCGCACAACCUGCCAUAUUUUCGGUUCAAGUAGCACUUGCAGCGCUUCUCAUUUCGUGGCACAUCUUUCCUAGUGCAAUUGUAUCUCAUAGUGCAGGAGAACAAGCAGCCGCUUUUAUUUCUGGACGAGUUUCAUUGAAUGAAGCAGUUCGUAUUGUUUAUAAUCGAUCUCGUCUUCAACAUCGAAAUACUCGUCAAGGUGGUCGAAUGUUGGCUGUUGCUAUGAAUGAACAAGAGGUGCGAGAUUCAUUGCUCAAAGGAAUCGAACACCUAGUGUGUGUAGCCGGUGUCAAUAGUCCACGCUCAGUGACACUUAGCGGUGAUGAAAAAAUUAUCGAUGAACUUGAGGGUAUUCUUGCAACAUUUCAUCCGACAGUAUUCAAAGCUCGACUACGGAUCGAGAAUGCAUUUCAUUCUCAUCAGAUGGAUCGCUUUGGCAUUAGAGAAGAGAUAUUUUCAACACUUGAUGAUAUUCGAGGUCUUCUUCUUGAAAAUACACAAGAAAUGUUUGAUGUUCGUUGUGCCCAAGUUCCACUUUAUUCACCUGUUACUGGAGAUCGAAUAGACGAUAAAACCCCGCUUGAUGCUCAUCAUUGGUGGUCAAACAUUCGCCAAUGUGUUCGAUUUGGUGAUACUAUUCAGGCAAUUAUCCAAGAUGGAGUCAUCGAUGCUUUUCUCGAAUUAUCACCUCAUCCCGUUUUAGCCACAUCAAUUCAUGAAUGCUGCGAGAAGACGUCCACCUUUCAACCACUCAUUUUGCCUACUCUCAAACGAAAGGAAGAUGACCAGAAAACACUGUUGACAAGCAUUGCACAACUCUCAUACUCACCCGAUGUUUGGAAACACUUUCUUGCAUCUCGAUGUGUUCAACCAAGUAAAGAUGUGGAGCAUUUAUUUGACAGCUUUCCAUUAUAUGCAUUCAACUUAACUCCUUGUUGGUAUGAAUCAAAAGAGUCUGCAAUAGAGCGACUUGCUUAUCGCCUACCUUCACAUCCAUUACUGGGUGUUCGUCAAUGGGCUCAACACACAUCGGCAAUAUGGAAAAGUUUGAUCAAUCUCAAUCUACCUGAAUAUGCCUAUUUGUCUCAGCACAAAAUGCAAGAUGCCAUCCUUCUUCCAGCUGCUGGAUUUCUUGAGAUGGCACUAGCUGCCUGUCGUCAGCUCUUACCAGUAGCUAAUAACGAUGAGACACCACCACCGAUCGCUUUUGAGCAGGUUGAAUUUAUCAAAGCUCUUGUUCUUAACGAACAUGAAUUGACUGAAGUUAUCAUACAAAUUGUGAUGCCAAUGCGGGAAUGGUUGAUUUACAGUCGACCAUGGUCGGCAGCUGGACCAGAUUGUCAACGAUCUUCUGGCAUGGCUUGUAAUGAUUUUAUUGAUUCUUUCGUUGAUCUUCAAACAUUGAAUGCAUAUUCUCUGCGCCAAUUUACUCUGCAUGCACGAGGACGCAUUGAUAUUGGUCCUCAUUUAAACAUUCAUGCCUCGUCAGCCUAUAGUUUGAGUAAAGAAGAAACAGCAAAGUGGUAUAAUCUGGAUAUUUCCAAUCUCUAUGCCCAUUUAUCUACAAGAGGGUAUGAAUACGGCUCAAACUUUAGAAUAGCAACUUCAGUUAAAACCACAAAUUCAAAAGUAACUGGCCGAGUUACUCCAGCUAAUGAUGAACAAAACGAUAUACGUUACUAUCUACACCCACUUGUUAUUGAUGGUUGUUUCCAUACAUUCUUGUCUAUUAUACCAGGAAUUGAAACAUUCCUUCCAGUUGCCAUUGACAAGAUGAUUAUUUAUGGAAAUACUUUUCGUGUGUCUCAAGCAGUGGCACAUUGCUCUUAUUACUCAUUUCUUGUCGGUCUUUCGCAAGAGCGAGCUUAUACUUUUGAUGCUGCCAUAUUUAACAGUAAUGAUGAAAUGAUAGAAUCCAAUACAAAACCACUCGUCAUAUUUAAAAUGUUCAAAAUGCAACGCAUUCCUGGUCCUUGGAAACCAUUGGAAAAGUCCAUUUUCCAAAAGAUAAAUGAAAUUGUCCAUCUACCAAAUGGAGAUUAUAAUGAUCAAGUACAAACGAUUUUAUCCGAAUUUUGUCUACAGAAGAAAUGGUCAAGUCUGUUUAAUCAUCUAAUAAGGACAGUCGAUCUUUUACCAUCGUCCAACAUCUUGAUGAAUGAGACAGAAAGACAAGAGAUCGAAAUGAUGAACAGUGAAAAUGAUAAUAUUAAUAACCAACUAGCAGAUUCGAUCGAACCAUUGAAUGCCUUAGCUGGGAUGUAUGCUCUUCAGGCAUUACAACAUCUUGCUUCAUUAGAGAACAUUCAACUCAUUGUUAAAGACAAGUUGCGUCAUCUUGUGCGAGACGAUGAAUUUCAUUUUCUCCGAUUGUUUGAAGCUGCUUUUUCACUUGUUCAUCAACAUGGACUAAUUGAUGAAUGUGGCAAAACUACUAUGACAGUGACAAAUCAUUCAAUUCAGCUCAUUCGUAAAACCCUUGUCAAUCGAUUUCCUCGUCUCAAAUCAUUUGUUACUCUAAUGGAUGCAGUUGGAUCCAAACUCGGCCAAGUGCUCUUUGGUGAACAGUCUCAUGAACAAUUAUUGAUACAAAAUAAGGAAACUGAGUUAGCUCUAGAAGAUGUGCAGAAUACUAUUGCGUUUUUAAAAACACAAUGUGUUUUUCAAGCACUCAUUAAUCAUAUGCACAACAAUCAUCCGAAUUCAUUGCGCAUUCUAUUAUUUGGCGUCGACGAAUCUCAUGAUAUUAUCUUUGUGGCCAGUGUACUUCAAACAACAAAUGAUAUUAAUCACUCACUUAAUUCACUUCGUCGUCUUCUGGUACCAGGCGGUCUUCUUCUUGUGGUCGAAUUGACAUUAACUCAUUCUUACUUCGAUCUUAUAUUUGGCUUAUUUCCUUAUUGGUGGCGUAAUGAUCACAAUCGUGCUCCACUGAAUAUUGAUCAAUGGAGACAAGCAUUCCAGUCAGUAGGUGGAUUUGAACCGAUGGUAGUAUCAGCAAAGGCGAAUGCAUUUGGAGAUUCGCUCAUGAUUGUGCGAAAAUCAACAGCAAGAUCCAUUCUCAUUCACCUUUCCGAAUGGCAGGAUCAAGCCUGGCUCUUAUUUGCUGAUCGUACACACAAUCUGUCACAUGCACUUGUACCUCACUUACCAAGUUCUAACAUUGAAAUUCUACCAGAUAGUGUUAUUAUUGAUCAUAUUUCUUCAACGAUUGAUAUCAUGUUAAAACAAUAUAAACAACUGCAUAUCGUAUUUGCUUGGCCACUCGAUGUAUUGCAACUUGGUCAGAACAACAAUGAAACAACAUUUGUAUCGCAUGUAGAACAUUUAUGCUACAAAUUUAUUUACAUUCUGCAAUCUAUUCAAAAAUAUCAUCGACAGAAUAAUUCAUUUCCAUACGUUUUUAUUCUUACACAAAACUCUCAGCCAAUGCAUGAAAAGAGUGAAUUCAAUCCUGUAAUAGCAUCACUCAUUGGACUUGCCCGUAGUUUAAGCAUUGAAUGUCCGCGUCAUCAUAUUAAACUCAUUGACUUACAACCAACAGCAGACAUAUUUGUAGAAUCAUUCUAUUGCGAUAUUCUCAUAGAGCAUAUGAUCAACUCACGGGAAGCCGAUAAUCUUGAUGAAGUUGUUCUUUCUCGUGAGGCAGACCGUCGUAUUCAGUGUUUUCAGUGGCAUUAUGAUUGGUUACAAUCAAAAGAACAGCAGGAAUUAUCAUCGAAAAUGGAAAGAACAAUCGUACCUAAAAAUGACGCUGACAAGAAUCCAUUUUGGCUUCAAGUUGCACCAUCGCGUUUUGUAGCUGACCUUGCUUGGGUGAGAGGUCCAAUACUAAUCAGAAAUCUAUCAUCUGGCCAAAUCCAAGUUCGUAUUCACUGCACUAGUCUUAAUUUCAGAGAUGUCUUAAAAAUACGUGGUCUGUACCCUCAUACACGAGUGUUUGGUCAACGAGAUUAUGAUGAACCUUUGUUCGAUCGUGAUACUACUCCUGGAACUGAUGUAAUGGGUACUGUUAUUCUUUCUCAUUCUAAGGAUCUGAAGAUUGGAGAUCGUGUCAUUGCCCUUUGGCCGCCAGGUACGUUCCAUUCCCAUAUUAUUCUCGAUGCUUCAGCUGUCUCACGUGUACCCGACGAAUGUUUAUUAUCGGAUGAACAAUUGGCUGCGUUGCCUACUGCAUUUUUAACCGCACUGCUCUCCUUAAAACAUCGUAUUAGACUUAAGCAUGGCCAGACCGUUCUCAUUCACGCUGCGACGGGUGCCACUGGCCAAGCUUGUAUUCAGUAUUGCCAAGCAGUUGGUGCUCGAGUUAUUGCUACUGCAGUAUUACACGCCAUUGAUGAACCGCACACCAUUCAUGAAAUGAUCGAUGAUGUUUUGGACCAUUUCCAAAGAGGUCUAUUUAGACCAUUUGAACCUUUGACUAUUUUUGAGCCAUCUGAAGUAAUUCAUGCAUUUACACAAUGCAGUCUCGGUAUAUCCAUGGGAAAAAUGGUAAUUCGUAUGACGAGUUCUGAACAGCCCCUCACACUUAAAGAAAGUGACAUGAACACGAAGAUCAGUGAAUAUUCAAGUGAAGGUAUAUUUAAUUGUUAA